CCAGGAGUCCUUUAAGAGGCAACUUGAUCUAUUCUUAAGGACUAAGGAUAGUGUCACACUAUGAUUUACUAAUUUCCUUUCCUCUUUUAUUGUAAACAUACCUAGGUUCCUGCCUGGAGGAUUUGGUGAUCCCCUGCUACUAGACACGGAAGCCUAUUAAGCGAAAGCUUCUUCUAUUCCGUCCACAACCAUUUGAACCGUUUGAACGAUGGUCAUACAGUCCUUUGACCUUCAAAUGUUGUCACCUCCACACAAGGGUCACGGUUACAAGCAGUUUCCGAGGCAUAAAUGAGAAACAGCCUGAGUCUUUUUUUUAUACAUUAUGUGGUGAUGCUCCCUUUACAGUGCUAUUUCACUUAUGCUAAGUCACUGUGAUUGUCGCUUAGAUGAGUCUAUACGUAACCAUAUUUUUAUAUAUAUUUCGGGAAGUCCACGGUCACUAUAAAAGACCUGCACGUAUUAGAAUUCCAAGUUUUUGCCGCAACAAAAGCGUCGCUAAAGUUUCUUUGGCUUAACUAACUAAAAAGGCCUGAAGAUCAGAAGUCGGCGUGCCAACGGAUUAAUAAACUAGAGUGUAAUGAUCCAAUCCGUCAUCUAAUAACCUUUUUUUUGGUAUUUUAUGGUGCUUACAAUUUUAAAAACUUUUCGGAUAUGAAUAUUAUCAGAACUUUUGAAACCGACGGUAUGUUUGUAAAUUUCGAUCAGUCAAAUCUAAUUUCCUGUUAUAUACUACUCUGGUAACUCGCUAAAAAUAAGUCCUCUAAUCCCUCAUAACUCGAGAAGAGCGAUCCAAGGCUUGUCUUUAAAAUCAGAAGUAAACCUUUGUGUGACAAAGCAAUCUUCUCUCUUCGGAUGGAGACGCUUCGAAUACUCUGCUUCUUAAAAAACCUGAGACAUCACUGUUCACAGUGUUCGUUCUUCGAUUUCAUUCCAUAGAGUGGUAGUAAAAAAGUGUUCGCCUUUGCACUUACUUCCUAUCUUUUGUUUUAAAGCAGUAUGUAACUUCUUAGUUUCCUAAAUGGAACCUAGAAACAGUACUCUGUAUUGAUUACGUUGUGCUAGAUGUAUUGCCCAGACAGCGAAUCUUCUACACUUAAGUAUGCCUGUGUCUAAUUUUGUCAAGUCCUUCAAUUAACUUGUUUGACAGACAGUGUCAUCCAAACAGUUACAAUUUGUAUAUCUUCGUAUUAUUAUUACUAUUAUUAUUAUUUCUGUAUUCUUGAUCACGUAUUGCAGCCUACUCACAUCGCUCUUGCUACCUAAUACAUCAGUUCUCUAAUCCCUCGUAAUACAUCAGUUGCUUAAAUUUCUCGAUGAAUCAUUCGUCUUCCUAUAUAUAUGCGCCUGAACCUUAUUAAUUCAUUCGACUCGUAAUUCGCCUCUGUAUUUGUUUGCUCACUCGCGUUAGCAUUUCUGCUUGGAUCCGCUUUGUGUGUUUGUGGCUCAGUGAUUUGCUCUGUUCAAUGGAAAAUUGUAGUCUAUGCUUCGUAUUGUCUCCUGCAAUUUAUACACCGUUGUGAUUUAUUUAGGAAUGGUUAUCAGGAAAAUUGAUGUAUGAAGCUUUAGGAAGUGUUUCGAAGAUAAUCCCCUACAAGUCCUACUAUCUGGUGGUAUGUAGGCUUGUCCAAGUCACUAUUAAUUGGUAACCAACGUCUAUACAAAGUACUUAUAAAGAAUAGUGGGGACCUGUCUGGACUCUUGCUGUGGUUGGACAGUAAAAAUAGUCAGAAGGACCAUUUUCCUGGGAACCUGUGUGAGUGUUACUAGUGGCUUGGCAAAUGAGAUCACACUUAUUCGCGAUGUUAUAAAUGGUCCCUAGGUCCAAAGUCAUGUUUGAACAUACUAAACAGGCUACUCCAAUAGUUAUAACUACCAACUAGUAUUCACUAAAAAUGAUAACUCCGUUUUAGAUUUUAAUUUAUCUAUACAUCUUGUCCUCUGUUGGAUAAUUACGAAAGUUCAUGUGGUGGAACUUUAGCUUAGUAUCCCGAUUAUCAGUAAAUGUUGGCAUGGUAUCUCGAUCCAAUAAUUCAAAUGUCACUGCUUCUAGGGGAAUAUGUUUAGUACAAAACAUAUGUGAGUAUGCUUAGUUUCAUAAUACUAACUUAAAGUAAGUUUACAUUCAUCUUUCUGUUAUAAAUAAACUUUGAUUACUAUUCCAAACCUGCACAAAUUUACAAAUGCUUUUUAACUCCAAACUGGGUCCAUGUAAGUUGACUUAGUGCAAUUGUCAGUAAAAAAUCGAUUCGUAAUAGUCAGGAUCAGGUAAUAACCGAUAAAAAUACACUAGUCCAAGAACCUAGUCAUUCUAACUGUUACUAUCAAACAACUAUUAUUCGAAAGAUAGAAAUUACCACAUGGAUAUCAUUCUGCUGCAUAUUUAUGGCAGCCUUAUGGUCAUUCAAAAUGACGUCAUUCAUACUACUUCAUUACUUAAACUACUAUCAGAAACUCCUUAGAAACGGCACACUACUCCAUUCACCUACUUUAGCAAUCCCUAAGUAGGUUCUCAGCGCUGGUGUUUUCUAAUAUAUUUGAUUUUUGGUUUUAAUACAAACUUUUGUCCAAAGGAAAUUAGUAAGUUUUUCGUUCCUAUUUACAUAGUAUUCGGUACUAGUAACCUAACUGGCCAGUGAUUCUUUUUAUACAGCUCUGAUUAAAAUAAGUAAUAGUCAUCCAAUUUGUACUUGUGGUUUUAGAUAGUUGAAGCUAUUACGACGAUCCUGUAAACAACUGUAAAGAUGGGCAAACAAAAAACCAAACGAGAUGAAGACAUAAGUCUUGAAGAUAAUCCUAAUAACCCCACGUUUGAAACAGAGAAAUCACCUAAAACACCGAAAAUAGGUGCACGUAAGCACCAUGACGAAGCCAAACCUGUCAAUCACAAUGACCACAACGUAUCUCUGUCAUCUAAUAAAAUUAAACAAAAAGGUGAAACAGUUAUUGUAAAAGAGUCUAAAAAAGAUAAAAAGCUUAAACGAAAGCGCAGUUCUAAUGCUCGGAGCGAUUAUGCUAUUCUUGAUAGUACUGAGCUCAGUUCUGAGAUGAGAAAGGAAAGUGUGUCAGAAUUACCGUUAAAAAAGAGAAAGCAUAAUUCUACGUCUAGUGGUCAGAACGAAUGCGAUUUAAGUAAUGAAAUUACUUGCCAUGGGGUUGAUACACCUAGGCUCAAAACAAACGGAGCCUCUUCGGAACAUAAAACACAAAACCACUGUUCUGUGUUGAAUGUUCAUCCUAAAAGCACCUCUGGUGACCAGAAAGCAUUGGAGAAAUAUAAGUGGGUCGAACUCAGGAAAAAUGAGGCUGUAAAUAAAUCAAAAGGAAGGAAAAGAAGGAAGGACGUUUCCUCGUUAGGAAUUCAAAGUCAAAGUAUUUCUUCUAACCAAACGGUAUCUAACACAUCUAAUAAAAGCAAGUUACCAGACGGUAUAACAGUAUCGUAUAACUCGUCGAAACCCAAAAGGUGCAAACAGAAUGCUCCACACAAGAUUGAAAAAGGAAAAUGGUAUCAUGAAUCUGAACUUUCUAAUGACGAAGAAUAUUUCACGAGUGAUGAAAGUUCUAUUGAAGUAGAUAACCCACAAAGUAGAAGCCUUCAACGUCAACAUAGACGACUGUUAAAUGAACGUUUAUCAAGAACCAUAUUCGUUGGCAAUUUACCACUGAAUAUUACCAAAAAAAGAAUGGAAGCUCUAUUUAAUAAUGUAAUGAAAAAUAACAACAUUUCAUCUUCAGAUUGCCGUGUUGAAUCCGUCAGAUUUCGUGGUGUUAUUCCAGUUACUGGUGGUACUAGUAGAUUAGCACGAAAACGUGCAGCUAUCACGGGUGAAUCUUCAGGUAUAUAUUCCUAACACAGAAUUUUUCUAGGUUUAUGAAUUAUGCUUUUUGAUAUCGGCUAAGCAGUUGAAGCUAUCAACCAUCAAAAAUCAUUUUAUAGGUAGCCAAGUAAUAUUACUAGAGUUCAUUUGGCUCAAACCAAAAAGGUGGCAUCAGUGCUUAAAGUCACUAACUCCUAUUCUUAGCCAUGUUGAUAGAUGCAGACUACUUGGUUGGGGUCCACGUGACUAUCGUAACCAAUGGUUAUAGACUCUGGGUGACAUGGCUCAGAAUCGACCACAAUGGCGUGAGUCUAUACACUCUUUGUCUUCCCUUAAACUAUGAGAUUAAAAUCGCUUUAUAUCUUUCUUUUCUAUCAACAAAUUCUUUUUUCCUGUACUAUAUCCUUAUACACAAUCUUUAUUUUAUAUAUUGCCAUCAUUGAACUAACUACUUUUUUGAAUUCAGUUUUCAUCUUGUUGUGCUAAUGAGGUAUGGCAACUUGGACCGAUGCAUAUAUGUGCCUGGUCCUACAUUUUAGCCGACUGACUGAAUUUGGCUCAAAUCUGCGUACACGAAACAAACUACUUGGCAAAUGAGUCCCACUACAUUGAGUUAAUUGGGAGGUGGUCUAACAACUUGUUCUAGAAUCUCAUAUACAACUGUUUGCAUAGUAUUCUGAUAUUACUAUCAUGGCUUUCAAAAAGUAGGAUAUAUAUAUAUAUAUAUAUAUAUAUAUAUCAGCUGCAAAAACUAGCUAAACCUUUGUUAAUCAUGAUAAACGAGCAUAAAUGUUUACAGCAACAAUGCGAAUUAGAUAAAUACGUUUCUUAUCUUUCCUAACUGUGUAAACCAGUUAAUAUAUAAUAGUUGUCAUUAAAAGAAACAAUAUGCUCUUUGUUGUUUUAAUUACUAUAGAAGCUCCUUUAUAUAUGACAACAUAAAAUCUCAGACUCUGAGUAACCGUUCUGAUAAGAACAAUAACGCCAUUUGAAUCAUUGUUUCAGAUCUCGGCAGUUAAAUUCCAUACAUUUUAGUAAUUAAAAGUACUUUGGUUAAAUCUCCAUCGAACAAUUAGACGAGUGUGAUUCAUAUACUAGACAAGAGAUAUUUGUGAUGACAAUGGUGGUUGGAGGUAGUCUACAGGAAUCCCUAGAUCACUAUCUCAUCACACGAUGUCGAUUCACCUAGACUUGUGACCUUACUUCAACUUGGUUGAUAGAAUUCAAUCUGCACUAAGAAGGACCUGACACACAUGACAUUGAUCACUACCCAGUGAUCAAUCAAUUGUGAAGAGAUAUUUAUCCUCUAUACAAUGAUGGCAAGUAUGUUAUCUAAUAACAUUUUCUUCUGUCACAUAAAAAAAUAUUCAGUUUAUCUGGGAUUUUGAAUCACUUCAGUCAAAGAAGUUAUAACUUUUAAAAUAACAAUUCAAAACUUUCACCCAUUUAUCAAUCAAAAUUAAUUGAAUUAUCCCAAAAAUCAUUGAUGAUAAUCUACAAAUAAUCUCAUUUGUGGUGAUAAUUUGAAAUGUGUUUAUUUAACGAAAAGAUUAUUUUAACUAUACUCUGAAUGUUAUUUAUUUAACGUUAGUAGCUUGUAAUUAGUGACUGAUAUACGGGGUAAUAAAAUAACAUCAAGAGCUGAUGUAAACGAUAUCAAGAAAAAGUACUAAAUUCAGUGUAUUGAAUAACUCAUAAAUUUUGAAAAUUUAUUUAUUCUACAGACAAAUACAAUUAUAUAGUGAGUUAAAUGAAAUGUAUACUGGUUAUUAUUCACUUAAAAAAUUUAUAUUAUCCUCUUAGUGAUCUUAAUAAUCAAAGUAUUUUUUUUCUCAUGUAUAUUAAUGAAAAUCAGGUGUUUCUAAAUUUCGUAUGGGUUAUGUUGUUCUAACAACAAAGAUCGGUAUACCAAUUGUACUUUCCUUAAAUGGAUGCUGUUUGAAUUCGGAUGGUUUUAUUGUGAAUCCGGAAGAAUCAAUUAAUGUCAUUGGUGAUAAGAAUGAAUCUACCAAUAAUGGUAAUAGUAAUAAUAAUACUAAUGACGUAUAUCAUAUUCGAGUUGACAAAGCAACUGAUAAUAAUGAUAAAACACAUUGUAAACUAGAUAAUUGUGUUUUUGUGGGCAAUCUUCCAUUCGAUUGUAAUGAAGAAGAGAUUUACAGCACUUUUUCUACAUUAGGAUCAAUAAAAAGUGUCCGUCUAAUACGUGAUUCUCAAACUGGUGCUGUACGUGGAUUCGGUUAUGUAGCAUACAACGACCCAUCGAUUAUACCAUUAGCUAUACGUUCAUCUAAUACACUGAGUAUACGUGGGAGACAAAUAAGAAUUAUGGAGUGUAAAGUGAAGAAAAUUAAAAAUAAAGAAGGCGCUCAACAGAUUAAAUUUAAUCGUCAUCGUCACGAUAAAAAUAAUAAAAUAUUCAAUACUCAUCCGAAGAAAAAGGAUAAACGAGAAAAAAAGGCGAUAAAGAGGGAAAAGAUGAAGGAACAACAACCAGUCAAGUUAACUCAUAGUAACACUAAUGAUGGCAAUAAUAAAAAUAUGUCAGAAAAUAAUGAAGUGCUUUUUAAGAAAAAAAUACACAAAAAGAAGAAAAAGUUGAAUAAUAUGCACGAAAAAUAAACCGGUUAGAAACUGAGAAAUUAAUAAUGUAAAUGUGUAUAUGUAUAUUUUAAAUAUAAUUUAUACCAUAAUUUAUAUCAUGUACAUAAUGUAACGAUGCAUAUUGCGUUAAAUAAAU